GGAGAAGCUAAAGACGUGAUUUCAAUGAUUACAAAAAUGAGCAUUUUUGUGGCACGUAAAUUGCGCCGAUUGGUAGCAUUUCCUGAAAAUAGCACGGAAGGAAGUUUCUUUGCCAUCGCGUUAAUGUCCCGAACAAGACACGGGGACUCUAUUUGACAUGUAUGUUAAUAUUUGGCUGGGUCUCAAGUUCCAGCUGAGGCGUCAAACAUCCACUUAGUACAGUACUCCAUAACGUCAGUCACGCUGCGGCCUGUUAUGGUCACAUGACAAGGCGGAUAACGUGAUGCGAGCACUUCUGCAAUUUUGUCGACAUUUGAUGAUCGCAAAUGGCUUGACGUAUAAUGUUCGGACAGUUCUUCAAAGAGAGACUACAGGAGAUGGCAUCCGGGGACAAGUUCGUGCCGUCGUCAUCAUCGAACUGGAGCGUCGAGCCGCCGGUCAUCUCGCCCACCAGCCCUUCCCACCUAACGCACUUCAAGCCACUCACGCCGGAGCAGGAUGAGCCGCCGCUGCGAUCGGCGUACAGUUCCUUUGUCAACUUGUUUCGCUUCAACAACAGAGAGGAUGGCCGACCUGCCACCACGGUCUCUGAAAAACUGGACGAACCGCCCCCUUCCCCACAGUCGGAAAGUCGGAGCUGGUCAUCCAGCCCUUCCCACUCCAGCUAUGGCUCACGCACGCAGCGAAAAUCACACUCCGAACACUUCAGACGCACCUCCACCGCCUCUGUGGAUUGGCCAGGUGAGGGCUGUUGUGUACACUUUGCUUGACUGUAACAAUUUUACACACACACGCACACACACAGGGUUCUAUUUGUGC